AUGGACACGCAACUCGAUUUCGACGUCCUGAUUAUUGGCGCUGGAUUGAGUGGGAUCUACUCCCUGUAUCGCAUGCGGGAGCUGGGGUUGAGGGUCAGAGUACUCGAGGCUGGCACAGGUGAGGGAGGGACAUGGUAUUGGAACAGAUAUCCUGGUGCCCGCUUCGAUUCUGAGAGCUAUUCCUACAGUUAUUCCUUCUCACAGGAGCUCUUGGAUGAAUGGAACUGGACGGAGCAUUUCGCGCCUCAAUCCGAGACGUUGCGGUAUAUUCAGUUCGUGACUGACAAAUUUGACUUGCGACGAGAUAUGCAGUUCAACACCGAAAUCAAGUCGGCGCAUUACCACGACACCAGUCGAUCAUGGGAAUUGACCGACGAGAAGGGCAACCGAUACACCUCGAGAUUUCUGAUCACAGCAAUGGGGCUGUUGAACAAACCCACGCUCCCCAACAUUCCCGGUCUCGACGACUUCAAAGGACAAGCCUUUCAUACCGCUCGAUGGCCACGUGGACCUGUCCAUCUCGAAGGUAAACGGGUGGGAAUCAUAGGUACAGGAGCAACAGGGAUACAAAUCAUCCAGGAGAUUGUGAAAACCGUGGGGCAUUUGACUGUGUUUCAACGAACGGCGAACUGGUCGGCUCCGCUUCGUAACGCCAAAAUAACCCCCGAGGAGAUGGAUGAAAUCCGUCAGCAGUAUCCUGAUAUUUUCAAGAAGUGCAAGGAAUCGGCCACCUGCUUUUUACAUCUGGCAGAACCCAGAAUGUCGGCCGACGUCUCAGAAGCGGAAAGAAUAGCACAUUGGGAGGACAUAUACUCGCGGCCAGGCUUUGCUAAAUGGGUUAGUAAUUUUCCGGACGUGGCAUAUGACCGGGAUGCAAACGCUGCUUGCAGCGAAUUUUUUGCAAACAAAAUCCGAGAAAGGGUAAAAGACCCUGUGACCGCAGAGAAACUCAUUCCUAAAGACCACGGCUGGGGGACGCGGCGGAUACCGAUGGAGACGCACUAUUUUGAGGCGUACAACCAAGAUAAUGUCCGACUAGUCGACAUCAGAGAGGACCCGAUCGAGCGUAUAACCGAGAAAGGGAUCAAGACCCGCGAUGAAGAAUUCGAGCUGGAUAUCCUGAUAUACGCCACUGGCUUUGAUGCUGUGACAGGAUGUUUCACGGCGGUGGACUUUCAGGGCGUGGACAAGAAGAAACUCAACGACGUCUGGAGCGACGGCCCUCAGACACAGCUCGGUCUUUUCGUUCAUGGCUUUCCCAACAUGAUGAUGGUCAUGGGCCCCCAUCAAAUGUUUGGUAACAUCCCUCGAAGUAUCGAGUUUGCGGUCGGUUGGAUCGCCGACUGUAUACGCUACUGCCGAGACAAUAACAUCACGCGGAUUGAAGCCACUGCAAAGGGGGUGGAAGAGUGGACCGAGCACGUCCACAAAUGCUCAGAGGGCCUCUUGACAAAUGAGGUAGACUCCUGGAUGACAGGCAUCAAUAGGAAUCUUGCUCACAAGCAGAAGAGGACUAUUGCACGGUAUAUGGGACCUGCUCCAGGGUAUAGGAACAAGUGUGACGAGGUUGCAGCGAGGAAGUACUCAGAUUUCGACCUGGCCUGA